CGAAUUCGACUGCCAGUGCCUAUGCGGCCCUUAAUUGACCAUCUUUAGGUGUCGUCGCAGCCUUGCAGGGCAUCAAUCGCCCCGCCGAGGUCGAAUCUCAGCAGGCCGACCAGCUGAAAGCUCGACGACGCUCGAAGCAGCUUGCAGGCCAUGGAGGUACUUUCAACUUGACAAAAGACCGUCAAAAGUUCGAGCAUGAUAUUACUCACACCCCAACGCACUACUAUAUACAAAGUGUAAUCUCCCCGCGACUUGGUCCUUCGUAACGGCUCACUGCUUCACCUUUCACAUCAUCCUGAGUCCGUACCUGCAUAUUGCGGACAUCAGAGACCCCGACCACUAUUCUUGAUCCCUCUCCACUGACGCUUGGAUUUUGACGCCACUGGCCUGGAUCAGAAGGGCCACUCACAAUCACCCUCGUAUUUUGACAUACAGCGACUCGCCACAUUGUCGCCCUGCACGCACCAUGUGGGCGCAGAGUCAUGCGUUCACAGUCGCUACUCCUUCUCGGUUUACUGGUCCACCUACCUAUAUGCUCGAGACAGCUGGGCCUGACACCAACGGCCUAGCAAUACCUAUGACAGGUAUUCCUAGUGGCGCACUUCCACACCGAAGUCCACCCUCGUUCUCGAUCUCGCCAGCCUCGGCACGUCGGAAAAGAGCUAGCAAGCCAAAAGUACGGACCGGUUGCAAAACGUGUAAAAUACGGCGUAUCAAAUGUGAUGAGACCAAACCAAGCUGUAAACGAUGCACCUCCACAGGUCGGAAGUGUGAUGGAUAUGACUUUCCUAAAGAGACGACAAAAAGUACAUCAAGCUCGUUGACAGUAUCGCCACCACAACGGUCGAAUGUGACCAUUCAACACAUAUUUCAACCCGGGUCAAUCUCCAAGCCGUUUCAAGGCGACACCCAGCAACGUCGUAUAUUUCACCGCUUCCAAUACUGUACUGUGCCUGCCUUUGCUGGCGGAUCCGAGUCCGGUUUUUGGACGCAAUUAGUCCUGAAGGUGGGCCAGGAAGAAUCCAUCGUCCGUAACGCCAUUAUAGCGUUGGGGACGCUUCACGAGGACUAUCAAGACCGUCGUGGGAAGUAUUCGGCCAAGCUCACCGACGACGCAGGCUUUCGACACGCCCUAAAGCUAUACGGGGACGCUUUGCGGGACCUGAAUCAGCGACUAAAUAAGCCCUCCACAGGCAACGCCAAGCUCGCCAUCAUUUCGAGUAUAUUAUUUGCCUGCUUUGAAGUCCUUCGUCGCAAUAAUAUGGCUGCCGUCAUCCAUUAUCAACAGGGAAUGAGAGCACUGAUCCGUCAAAUGAACCUCCCAGAGAACAACGAGAGUGCACUCGCAACUUAUUCAACACACCAGCAAACUGGCAGUCAAGCCACCUUCCGGGAAGUCCCAAACGAUGAACUCGAUGAGCUGUUACGAGUCUUUGCACGAUAUGACAUCCAAGCAUGUACCUUUUCCAAAGAUACCGCCGAGCGUCUAGUGACCCACGUCAGCCCCAUACCACGGGUACUCCCAACAGAUCUGACAUUGGGGCAAGUCCGGAACCACCUGGACAAUCUGUUGGUUGCCGUGUAUCAGCUCGUCAAAUCAGAUCUGCGCAUGUAUCGCUACUGGCAGGCACAACUGGUACCACUGGAGUGGCGAACCCAACGAGAAGAGGGAUUACAGACAUUCGAUACAUGGACCGCGGCUUUGGAAAACUUCUUCGAAACCCAAGCCCCUAGACUGACACCCUCUGACAUUAAAAGUCUGCUGGGACUGAGAUUACAGAUGCAAACGGCAGUCAUGAUGCUCAGGGUGUGUAUAGAUGCUGGGCCCGAAAGCACAUUUGAUGCCUAUAAGGACGAAUUUGAGGACAUGGUGUCCAAGGUUGAACAAAUGACUUCGGCACUUAGCAUGAUGGAAGCCCAUCCCCUAGAGGUUGAGUCAACGCCAUUCACCAUGGAAUUGGGCGUCAUCCAUCCUCUGUUCUUCGUUGCUUGCAGGUGCCGAGACUGGGACAUCCGACGUCGAGCAAUUGCUCAGCUGAAGAGAGUCGGCAAAGAAGGUGUCUGGGAAGGACCUAUCAUGGCUGUGUUGGGACAACGGAUCAUGGAGCUGGAAGAGGAAGGACUGUCUCAUGGGCAACUAGUCCCAGAGGCACAGCGAUUCCACGAAAUCAAGAAGAAUGUCGACUAUGAUGGCCGUCAGAUAUAUUUGGAAGCUACGAAGGCACUGGACAACACCUGGAAGAAUUUCUCAAUCCAUAGGGAGCUCGUCCCCUUCUGAAAGAGUACUUCAUCUGAACUGAGCGUGGCGUUCUUGGGCUCGACAGUUUUCACGAGCAACUCGAAGCAUCUACUAGAAGCAUCAACAUGCGAGCUUCACAUGACGACCGGAAAUUGAAUAAUGACGUUUUGAUAAGGGGUCCACCGCAUUCCAGGCGAAUGGAGAAGAGAGAGCAGAGUAGCUGACCCUGAGUAGAAACUUGCGAAGUCGUCGACUAUCGUGGUGCAUCGUUUACACAGGACAAGUUGCUGGAAAGCACCACUAGUUAUAGUGCAGUAUUUGACCCCAGAUUAGAUCAACAGGAGUGCAUGAGCAUCGGAGAAUUUUAAGUCUUGAGAGAAAGGCACAAGGACCCUGGAGAGGCGGCGGAUGGCGG